AUGCGGUGGCUCCCAUUCAAAACACGGCAAGGGUUGGCUGACGAAAGAGAGGGCAGGGCAGUGGUUGGGAUAAGUUGGUGGCCAGGGACUCUUGCGCAAGACCUACAACACGACCUAUUGACUGGCUCUCUCUACUUUACCAGGCUAUGGUGACCCUGUCUUGCUAGAUUUGAAGCCGUGGAGACGGUUUCAGAGCUGCGAGCUGGGCCGCGACUCGACACCGCAGGACGGACGACGGGAAACGAUCGCGCAACUCUUCCCUCCGAUGCCCGCAGGCCCUCUCACCUAGGUAACAACGCGAAGAAGCAGUUUGAAACCACCGACCUCCACCCGACACACGCCCGCGAAUUUCACCCCUUCGCUGUCUUCUCGCCCGACGUAACUGUGGCUGUAGUUGGUUCUACCGCGUGCGCCCACGUUGACGCAGAGCUGCCGCGCCUUUAGAGUGUCAUGGUGUCUCUGGCUACGUUCCUUCACCAGCUAAAAGAACAGUCCGAAGAGACUAACGAGUGCGCCAGAUGCCCUCCUCUCCCCUUCCCCGCAGACAGCGAGCUCCUCACCCUGGGACAUUACGUCGUCAACCUGAGCCACAAAGAAGCGGACCAGCACCACGCAGUAGACCUCCGUACUCGGGAGCUACGCCACUGCAAAGAGUACCCAGCUAAAACUUUCUUGGCCCUAGCUCCACUAAUUUACAGUGACAUUGAAGGAGUUCACAAGGUUUUGGAUGUGACUAAACUCAACGACAAGUUCUACGUGUUUUCUCCCAGGCCGUUUGGCGAUCUACACAACUUCUUGAAGCAGCGACGAAAACUGACGGAAGGAAUCGCUGCGAGCAUAUUUAGGCAGAUAGUAGUUCUUGUGAGAGACGCACACCGCAAGAAUGUGGUGCUCCGAGACUUGAAGCUGAAGAAAUUUGUAUUUGAAGACGAGAAAAAGACAAAGCUGAGGCUUCAUACUCUAGAUGAUGCCCACCUGCACAAUGGAUCAGACAUUCUGACUGACCGUCACGGCUGCCCGGCAUACAUCUGCCCGGAGAUGCUCCUCCCUGGCAGCUACAGUGGACAGGCUGCUGACCUGUGGAGUCUGGGGGUCAUCCUGUACACACUGCUUGUCGGACACUACCCGUUUUUCGACACCAACCCGCAGAUGCUAUUCACCAAGAUCCGCAGUGGUAACUACGGGGUACCGGAGGGUGUGUCUCGUCUUGGGAGGAAUGUCAUCAGCUCCCUGUUGGCCUAUGACCCUGCCAGAAGGGUGCCUGCUGAAAUCCUCCUCCAUCACCCCUGGUUCGAGAAGGCAACCGAUGAACCUUUGUUACCGGCACCCCUCGCAGACCAGACGGUGCCCACCAUCAAGAAGGGGAAAUUCUACUGAGCCCAGAGUUCCACCACUCCACCAUAGUUUUUUUCUUUUAGUACUUUUUUGCUUUUAGUUUUCCUUUUUUGCGCACCUCGCAUCCUCAUAAGACACCCACUCCUACGACUUUAGUCUUCACUGCUACAACCUCCACACCUACCCUUCAAACUGCUGCUUGCUGUCACAAACUACCGUCUCUCCACACACUUGUGUGUUGUUGUAACGUGUUGUAUUUUUCAUGUGCUUUGUGUACUGGGUGUCUUGGCCCAACAUGCUGACAUGCUGACUGCCUAUUAUUGAGCAAUAACCAUCCAUGUUCUGUGGUGAUAUGGCUUGGGCCCAGAUCAGCACAACAGGACACCAUUUCAGGGAUUUCCUCUCUCACUCUCCCAACAACACAAUUGGCCUGGAAUGUAAUCACGGAAUGUAAAUCUGGGUGCACGUCUUCAGAAGGAAAGGGCAGUUGCCAAUGAAUUGGGCUGCUAUAUAUUACAUCAUUCAAGUCUUCUAACUGUUUGCUUCCUAGGUGCACAUGUUUAGAAACUGCCCAAUGUACAUACCACCCCAAAUUUAAACACAGCCUCUGUCACCACAUUACCACAACUCAUAGACCCACAUGUUAGCAUAGAAAAAUGUAUAAAGGA